AUGAUUACAAAAUUCAUUACUUUUAAAUUGGAUUUAUCAUAAUUCAAUUCAAUCAAACAAAUAGUUUAGCUGACUAAUGGCUAUGCUAUUUUAGGGGAAUAAUUUUUUGAAUAAAAAUUAAGUAUUAAACUUCACUUAAUAGAAUCGACGACAAUUGCAUUAAAUAAUUAAUUGUUUUUAUAUUUUGAAGUAUAAAACGGAUGCUGCAAAUUUGAAGAGCCCUACUAGAUUGGAUAAGGACUAGCUAUUUUAUCCAAUAUUGUUUCAAAUGACAAAUUUUUAGUUGCAUUAAUUUCAAGAUAGGGAAAUAGAAGUCUAAUUUAAUUCGACCCAAAAUAACAGACAAAUUCCUUUCUAAUUCCUCAUCAUCCUUAUUAACAAUAUUAAUUAGAUUGCGAAUCUACAUUUAAGCUUUUUUCAUUUAAUGAACAAAUUAUAUUAAUAGAAAUUCACCAUUCAGAACAAUUAUUAAUCUUGGUAAUUCUUAGCCAUCCUAAAGCUUAAAGGAUUGAAAUGUAAUGUAAAGUAGGGUAAAAUAUAUAAAUAUAAAAAAUACAUAAUACUAAUUAAAUACUGAUAGUUGUGGACGAGGAUUUUCACAUUUUUGACGGAUCUAAUGAGAUUAUGAAAAUGAAUAAAUAAAUGCCUACAUAAUUUAAGGUUAAAUUUGUAAUAGAAAUUUAAGAAUAACAAAUUUUAAUUUUGAAGGAUAGGGUAGAUAAGUUUUAUAAAUUUUGUGAUUUUCGCUUUGAUUCAGAUUAUUUUUUUACAUUGAAAUCUAAAGAAUUGCUUAAUGGAUAAGUUAGCAUUGAAACUGAAAAGAAAUAAUCUAUAAAUUUAUCUAAAUUUAAGGGAGAAUUUUAUAUUUGGAUCAGUACGAUCUACAAAUGCAAAGAUGAAGAUUCAAAGAUUCUCUAUAUUAAUGCAUUCAAGUUGAACAAUUAAUUGCAAGCAUAAUUUAUUGAAAACUAUAAAUUUUGGAAGAGUUAAUCAAUUGAGUUUAUUUUUAAAGACGAAUUCGUAAGGGAGUACCUAUUUUUUAGAGAUUAAUAAACAGUAAAAGGCUUAUAUAUAAGUUGA